CGCCCCGCCCCGGCUGCUACUCGGCGGGGGUGGCGGGUGGGGGCGAGCGAGCCCCUGAGCUAGGCCGGGCCGGCUGGCGGGGAGUCGCUCACUGAUCCGCCCCCCACCCCGGGCCUGGCGGAGGAACCCGACGCGCCGCGUCCCGCCCCCGGUGCUCCCGCCUCAACCCUCCGGCACAGGAGCGUUUCUCUCCGCGCUCCGCUGCCCACCCGGGGAGCUGCCCCAGCACCGCCCUGCUGCUGAGCCCAGCCCGGCCGGCACCCCCAGGCGGCGGCAGCAGCGCAGGCCGCGGUAGCCCCAGCCAUGCCGGGCCCUGCAGCCCUGCACGUGUCCCGUGUGCGGGCUCUGUACCGGCGGAUCCUGCUGCUGCACCGGGCGCUGCCCGUGGCGCUGAAGGCGCUGGGCGAUGAGUACGUGAAGGAGGAGUUCCGGAGGCACCGCUCGGUUGGGCCGGCUGAUGCCCAGCGCUUCCUGCGGGAAUGGGAGAUCUAUGCAGAAAUGCUGUGGCAGCAAGCUAACCAAGACAGACAAAACUCAAGAAAAAAGACUUGCUUUGGAACCCCCCUCACAGAGGAGAAACUUAACGACUUCCAUAAUGAACAGAUUGGACAGCUGCAGGAAUUGAUGCAAGAAGCCACUAAACCUAAUAAGCAAUUUAAUAUUUCUGAUGAUUCUGAAUACAAGAACUAGAUUUUUAAAUGCACUUAAAAAGCAUUUUAUAGAGCUUCCUUUUUCAAUUCGAGUAGAACAUUAUGAUGAAGAAUAAUGAAAGCUGAUGAUGUGGUAAAUUGUGUGUUUUAACCUGAUGUAUCUGUUUCCUUAUGCAGUGAUGUUAGAAUUACUUUAUGGUCCCAAGUUAUGUAAAUUAUAACAAACACUUGUACUUUGCAUUUUAGAAAAUGUGCUUUAUUUUAAGAUUUUGGUAAUUGUCAUGUUUUCAAAAUGGAAAGUUUUAUGCUAGAAUUGGAUUUAAGCACCUGGUAGGUCUUGAUUUCAAGCCAAGUCAUUAUUUGUAUAUCAUCCACUUUUUCCUCUAAUAAUGGAAAGGAUGCAAUCAACAGUAAUUUUUUUAUGGGGAUUCAGCAACUACUGUACAAAGAAGGAAUGUGUGCUACUGAUUUGGGUUUAUUGCAUUGCAAAGAAGUAAACCAUGCUUACAAAGAUGUGUUGUUCUUUCAUUUGAAUGCUAGUUUUCUUCAUAAGUUUUAUUGUGGAAUUUUCCUUUAAACAAAAUACAUUUUUUAUUCUAAAAUUCACCCUGCUUAAAACCACAGUCUUAAGAGCAAAAUAAUCUGUUUUUCAGUUAGAUCCCUAGAAUCUAUCAAAGUAUGAUUCCCUUCCUUAUCCCUGAAAUCCUGCUAUUUUACAGCUAAAUUGUCUUAUUAAUUCAGCAAUAAAAUAAUUCUUUAGUAGAAA